AUGGUUGAUGAUACUGAAGAGUUGCAUCAUCUUCAUGUCAACAUUGAUGCUGGUGAAUUGCCUGGUAUAAUGUACACUAAAGACCUCACUGUGACAUUUGUACAACGAAAUGGUGCACUAGAGGAUCAAAUCAAUGUUGGCGAUAAAAUUAUAGCAGUUAAUGAUUGUUCUGUAACUGAUCGAAAUAAAUUCGAUCGACUUCGGCAAAAACAUCACAUUACAAAAAUUAUAGUAAGUCGUGAUAAUGAUCGUGGUGAAAAAAUUAAGCAAGAUCAAUGUGUUGAUGAUAAGAAAAUCACGAAACGCGAUGGUUUCCUGUAUUUGAAGGUGAAAAUGACAAGACAACAUAAAAUGGGAAUACCAGUUGGUUUGCAAGUGAAAAGCGGUAAAGAAGGACAUGUUUAUGUGACACAUGUGAUGAACGGAUCGUUAAGUGCUGAAUGUUUGUUGGUUGGAGAUCGAAUUUUGCAAAUUGAUGGAAUAAACAUUAAUGAUAAGGAGAUUGCAAAGAAGAUUAUUGUUCAGGGAUUAUCAUCAGGAAAUGUAACUAUUAUUGUCGAACGUCCUGAUUCUGCUAAAGGACGUAGUUUUGCAUCCGAAGUAUUAUCCGUUCGAACGCCGCCAAAUGCUGAGAAACCGGAAUAA